AGAAGGUCAAUCACUUGUGAUGUCAGAUCUAAGCUCAAGCUUGUGCCAAUUGAACUGGCUCAUUGCCAAAGGUGGACUGAACACAGUACAAGAAAUCGAAGUACCUGAAAACCCUAAUAUUGUUGGAUCUGUGAAUGUUUCGCCACUGGUCCUAUCUCCUACAGUACCUGCAGAAACGUCAAAGCCAGUGGCUCCUGCACACGAAGGAAAACGGAGGAGAAUUUUUGAUGGAGCGGAUAAGCCACCAUAUUCAUACUCUCAACUUAUUCGUCUAGCUAUCGAAGAUACUCCCGAUAAAAAAUGUACUCUUGCUGAAAUCUACUCUUUCAUUGCUCACAACUUUCAAUUCUAUCGUGAAAACCGGAAUUCAAGUUGGAAGAAUUCCAUUCGCCAUAAUCUGUCAUUAAAUAAACAAUUCAGCCGCAUUGAGAAGACUGAUGGAGAUAGAAGAGGAUGGUGGGUUUGUGUAGAUCCGCCAGCCAAGAAACCACGAAUUCUCAAAGGAUCCCCAGUGCGAGUAAAUCCAAUUUACGAGCAUCUAUAUCAUAAUAAACAAGACAUGCCAAAUUUCACUCCUCCGCCAGAAGAUCCAUUCCUGUCAGAAAUUAAUGGAAAUGUACAUGAACUUACGGAACACGAAAUAAGAGAUUUGAAUUUGUUCGAGUCAUAUGAUCUAAACUCAUCAUUCCGUGAUGUCUACAAUCAAAUUUUUGAGAAGUCCACUUCCCCCAAUGGGAAGAAGCAAGCUGCUCAAAUCGAUUGGUUGAAAAUAAGCUUAGAAGCUGCUGGACUUGAUUAUCACGAUGAACAAGAACUUCAAGAAGUUGAUACGGAUAAGUUGAAAGAUUACGUCUACAAUGGAUUCCCAGCAGAAUGCGACAGUGAUGUCUCAACUCCAAGAACAGACUCUGGCCGUCAUUCAUCCUCAGAUUCUGUUCUUUCAGCCACUCUUCAACCAGUUAACAAUGAUUCAGAUGAUGAGUAUGACUGGGAUAAAUUGCUAUAAAUUGUUAAUCUAAAGGUUCAAAAACUCACAUAUUUUUCACACAGUGUCCAAAUUUCAUUUGUACAAAAAUACAUUGUUAGUUAGUUUUC